AUGGUUUUUACAUUUGUUGUUGCCGGAUGGGAAGGAAUUGCACAUGAUUCUAGACUUUUGUCUGAAGAUUUAAUAGAUGGUGCUAUUGGAUUUCCAUUUCCUUCUUCAGGUAUACUAUUGAUUUUACAGAUAUUGGCUCGGAGAUUUUCGUCGUCGACGAGCAAUGAAAAGCAUGAAAAGUUCAAUCAUUCUCAUGCAAAACUUAGAAAUGUUAUUGAACGUUCUUAUGGCGUCCUGAAAGCACGUUUUUCAAUAUUGAAAAGAAUGGCACCAUUUACACUUGAGGUUCAAAGAGACGUUGUUAUUGCAUGUUUUGCGGUUCACAACUUCAUCCGGAAGCAAGGUUUAAGUGAUGAGUUAUUUUCUGAGUAUGAUCAAACCAACGAACAAGGAAACGAUGAUGAGGAUAAGGCUGAAGAUAUUCAAUCGCAUGGGAGUGCCGCUGACCAAACAUAUAUGGCUAGUUUAAGAGAAGAAAUUGCGACAUAA